GAACCAGGACACAGGAGAGGACUGCACCACACCACGCCGUGUACAGCAGCUCUGUCGCUCUGGUCGCCAACCGCGUCGUGUGCAACUUCCUGCUGAGGCUGUCUCAUCAGGUUCACACGGUUUUACUCUCGCGACUCCCUGUCACGCUUGGGCAUUUCCGUCCGCCCGCUGCUGGGUACUCGAGAACAGAGCACGCGCUUUGCAAUUCGGUGCUUUGCAACAUGGCCAUGAACGUCACCUCAGCUGUACGCUUCUAUGUCGACAAAAUUGUCUCCGAUCCCAAGAUAUCAGGUAUGAAGGUACUGCUACUGGAUGCAGUGACAACCCAAGUUGUGGCAAUGGUAUACUCGCAGUCGCAAAUCCUCGAAAAGGAAGUCUAUCUGGUGGAAAGGAUGGAUGCGGAUCACGAGCCGAUGCAGCACCUCAAGGCGGUUUACUUCAUCCGGCCAACAAAGGGGAACAUCCAGACGCUUUGCGCGGAGAUCUCCAAACCGCGGUUCUUGGAGUACCACGUAUUCUUCUGUAGUAUCUGUCCCAAUGAACUACUACAGCAGCUGGCCGCUGCUGACGAGCACGAAGUUGUUCGUCAGGUACACGAGUACUACGCGGAGUUUUGCGCCGUAAACGAGGACUUCUUCUCCGCCAACUGCCCGGAUGCUCUACAGCUAGCCUUGCCCAGGCCCCCUGCAGCUGCCAAGACGCUCCUCUCGCGCAACAGAGAUGCUGUUCUGUCGGUGCUUCUCGCGCUCAAGAAGAAGCCGUCUACCAUCAGAUAUGCGGGUUCGUCCUCGACCGCCCGCGAGCUGGCCAUGGAUAUCUCAGCUCAGAUUCAGGCCGAUCAGAUCUUCGACUUUCGAAGACAGCAAGGACCCGUCUUGCUGAUCUUGGAUCGACGUGACGACCCAGUGACUCCGUUACUUUCGCAAUGGACAUACCAAGCGAUGGUUCACGAGCUCUUGGGGCUCAACGACAACCGGGUGGUUCUCAAGGGGGCACCGGGAGUGCGGAAAGAUCUUGAAGAGGUAGUUCUUUCCUGCACACAGGACGACUUCUUCGCGAAAAACCGCUUCUCGAACUUCGGAGAUCUGGGAGUGGCGGUGAAAAAUCUGAUGGAUGAGUAUCAGAAGGCGACGCGAUUGAACGAAAACAUCAACAGCAUUGAAGACAUGCAGGCGUUUCUCGAGCGGUAUCCUGCUUUCCGGUCGCAGUCACUCAACGUGUCCAAGCACGUGGCUGUCUUGAGCGAGCUGGCUCGCCUCGUAGACGUCUAUCACCUUCUGGACGUCAGCCAAUUCGAGCAAGAGCUGGCGUGUGCAGACGACCACGUAUUGCACUACCGCGAGCUUAUGGAGAAGCUCACCAGUUCGAGGAUAAAGGCGCCGGACAAACUGCGCCUGGCGAUGCUGUACGCGCUUCGCUACGAGGAUAUGGGUAACCUUCGCGCGCUGAAGUCGCGUCUCCUUGAAUCCGGGCUAACUCCGGAGAAGGUGGACCUACUGGAUGCUCUCUUGCAAUACUCAGGAAACGCAGUACGGGGACCGGGCCUCUUCGGUCAAGACAACCUCAUGUCAAAACUGGGCAAACAGAUCACCACGACCCUCCAGGGGGUCGAGAACGUGUACGCUCAGCACGUGCCGCUGAUGAUGACUGCGGUCGAAGCAGCUCUCAAAGGGAAGCUCAAGGAUAGCGUCUACCCUGCUGUCGGGUCGUCUGGUGGCAAAUCCCAGGAGGUCAUCGUGUUCAUGGUAGGGGGAGUGACGUAUGAGGAAGCCUGCAAGGUUGCCGAGCUCAACGUUUCUCUGCCGUCCGGGCAUGUUGUUCUUGGGGGAUCGUUUGUGCACAACAGCACCUCUUUUCUUGAAGAGUUGAACUUGAGCUUUGGUCCAGCUAGCCAAGAGCGAGGUCUGGGUGCGUUUAGGUGAAAUUAUGCGAAUUAUAGUGCAUGUACAGAAACGUUGAGAGUGAAAAAAAGUUUGACAAAACAUGAUUGUGUUCGAUAUUGCUUCGGCCAAAAUUUUGCUCUUUUAUUUUGUUUCAAGUGUUGGCCAGGAAGAGUUUGUUUGGUAACAUGUCCCUUUAUGAAGUUACUGGCAUCUCUGCCUUUUCAGGCUUGAUAUCGGUAUUGCACCGUUCGUGACACAAGCUACAGAUAAAUUAAUGCUUUCUCUUGCCCACCUUCUGAAAGAAGAGGGUGUCACAACUUAGGCUAUGCUCUGAGCUACAAGCCUCAUUAGGAGUUACGGCGCUGUAACCAUGUGGUACAUAGCUUGAUACACUACGUCGGCCGGCCCACCAUCAGCAUCGGCACUUGCGCAAACACUCGUUCGUCCUUUCUGACGUCGCAAGCUCAAUUUGUUUCCCUGCCAUUGCUCUAUAGCAGUCCACAAAGGCGUGGCUGUUUUCUCGCUCCCCUUGUCCGAGCGUGACAAGCUGUGCGCCGAUUUUCUUGUAGGUGUGAGUGUCGUGCUGGUGGCACUUGCCACCCCCCGGCCCUCGUCGUACCGCAAUCUUCCGGUGAUGAAGCGACAUUUUGACGUUCCCCAUUUGAUCCAAAAUUUGUCCUAGAACGCGGUGCGCUUUGGGACUGGUAGGUCGGAUCUGCGUAGCUUUCCGUCCAUGUCUCAAAGCAAGUUUAUACUCUCCUUGCUUGAAAUAAACCGCAGCAAGGUUUACGUUCGCUUCGUAGUGCUCGCUGUUGGCCAUCAAAACUUGGCACAACGCGGCCAACGCAGCUUCCCAUUUGCCCAUCUGCCAAAGAAUGACAGCCAGGUCGUUCUUAGAGUUGAUGUCCUUGGGGUUCAGCUGAAACGCUCUGCGAUAGUGGCUCAUCGCGGCCCUGACGUUUCCUCCUUCAAAGAGAAGAGGUGCAAUAUUGUGGUGAU